CUAUAUCAUUAAUUCACUGGUAGUUUUGGAACAAAAAAAAAAGGUAAGACGUAUCUUAGUUAGUGUUUGAAAUUUAGCUAUCAAGUUAUAUGAUGCGACUUAGAAGUUGACUGUGCCUGUAAUGGAAGAUUAGAGUUAUGAUGUCUAUGAUCAUGAUUCUCAUAUUCCAGCCAUAGGUGCGAACAAAAAAUAGCGUAAAAUCUGUAAUAAUUAAGAAAAUGAAAAAGACACAAAAGUGAUAACUUGAUUUUUAAGGGAGACGAACUCAAAAGUAAGUGCCGAUAAUUCAGUUGAAUCCAGCCUUAAUGAAUUUUAUGCAAGGAACGAGGAAAAGCGAGUUCGUAUGACUUUCAUCCAAGGCAGGUGUAUGUAAGAGAAGAGUGUCGGUGACGGCUUUUUCCUGGAUUGGACAAUUUCAUUCCCUCAUUCUCAAUCAGCAAACCCAAAAAAUAUAAAUAUAUAACUAGGAAAACUAGGGGACCAGAGCGCUAUAUAGCUUAUCGACUCCAGUCGAUGGUUCAGAAAUGGAAACGAUUUUACUGUUCAUUAGUGGCUUUCUUUGGUUGUUCUAAAAGGUAUUUUUAUCGUUGCUCGGACAGUUUUUAAAGUAUAGUUGCUUGCUAGCACUUCGACGGAAGGUGCAUUAACUCUUGUAGGUUGGAGAGAAAAAGUGUCUCUUCUCUCUUUGAUCCUUUUUUUUUAAAUUAAAAAUUGAAACUUGACUCUUUACUCCGUCGGGGCGUUUAUUUAUAUUUUAUCUUUUUUUCACAAGAAAAAUAAAUGAGAAGAGAUGAGUCUGUAACACAUUCAACUGCAUGGUUUUGGUAAUCACAAAUCAAUCCUCCUCGGGACAAAACAUUUUCAGUAGUAGGGGUGAUGAAUGGUCCAUUAAAAUUUUUAACUGCUCGCAAAAUUUUACCUUUGCUCGAUUUGCUCGCAACAUUUAAACGACGGCUCGCUUGCUUGUGCUCCCCAAAUUUUUGCGUUGUUCGCAAGCUUGCAAAGCAAUUUUUUAUUUCUGCUCGUGCUCGCAAAAAGAUCGCAGUGCUCGGCAUGCUCGCGAAUGCUCGUAAAGACCAUUCGUCACCCCUAGUAGUCUCCAUGCAAUAGAAUAGCCAUGGCCUCUUAUUUACCAUGUCAUUAAAAAUAAAUGAUGCAAUUUCCUCUUUAAUCGUACUGUCAACUCGUUUUGACUUGCAAAGCAGUAGUUCCGGCAGUUUCGUCUCAAUGACUGUUGAGUGUAAGCCUCUAGCUUUCCAAUCCGGAGAUAAAAUCUUUCAAGUUCAAUAAAAGACGUUAACUGCACCAGCACCAGAAGAUUGUGACUGUAAUUUCAUUUUCUAAGUGUCAGAACUCUCGACUGACUUAUUUUAAGCCCGCGCCGUAUGAAUCUUUUCACCGGUAGUUUAUAGAAAUAGCCUCGUAAUUACGUUAAUUAUCGGGCAGUUUACUGGUAAAAAUUUUCUUUUUCCCUUUAUUAUAUUUUUCCAACAAAAUAAUAAAGUAGGAAGCGAGACAUUAUAUUUAAUUGAAAAUUCAGUCCUUUUAAAUAAAUACGACUGGCAGUAAACAACCUGUUGGGUGAAAGAUGAGCUUAUCUUGAAGGAUGCAUUCAAAUGCACAAUAUUCAGUUAACUCUGUUAAGUUUAACCAUGGAAUCACUAAAUUAUCAUACGCUUUUGUGAAACUUUCCUUCACUCUUUACUCUUCAUAAUUUUUUGUCGCGAGUAGUUCUUCUUAGAUUACUGGAAUUAAAAGCUUGCCUAAAGAUUUUAGCUUGUAUAAUAUUUGGGAAGCGAGCUCUGCAAGUUCUUAUUUAAAUGAAAGACUAUAACUGUUGCAUAUAGGGUUUUUGGUACUUAUUUGCUGCAGUUUCACUCUUCUCUGCAACUAAAUUCAUAUAAUAUAUGAUAUCAAUCUGAAAAACGAAAAAGUGGGUUUUCAACUAAAAAAUUGAAUAUUAAAGGUUUGGGUUUUUUCGUCAUCCGAUUUUAAAACUAGCGGUUACAAAAAAAUGUCUUAACUCUUACUUCCACAAAUAUGCACAAAGACAAUUGCAACUCAUCAGCUCGCCUAAGAUUAACGUCUUUUCGAGGAAGGCAUUAAAUGCUAGUCAAUAACAACAGCUUCAGGUUGAAACAAUUUAAAAAAUUGUAAGCUAAGGUUCACAUGAACUCUUCCCAUUUAUUUUCUUUUUCCUUCUCGCUUAGUCAUGACAGAGCUGAACAAUUCCGAACAAAAAAAAUGUUUUAAUUGCCCAUUAAGCUUUUAUGUUUCAAGAACGGUGGUAGCGCAAAACUCAUAAAUUUGUCGCACUUAAUAAACCAUACGCAGUAAAUCAAUUACCGUAUUAAUAUCGUAAGUGACGAAUUACUCCUUAAUUUCGGCGCGAAAUUCCGGCGUUAAUUUGUAAUUUCACAUGUGAAAUUACAAAAUUGCCAUGGUAACUUGCCGUACGUCUGCGUUUCAAGAUGGCGACGAAGUUUUAAAAUGUUAUGAAUGAAGAUGUCAGGGUAUAAAAAGACGUUUUAGAAAACCUGAACACACGAAAGAGCACAUCAAGAAGGAUUCUUAGAGGUAUUUUGUCGAAAAAUUCUGAAAACUUAAGCCAAAUUUCAGCUCUAAACGUUUGACAGAGUGGAGUUCACGAUCGAUCGAUACGAUCAAGGAUAAAAAAGUCAAAAUCCUCGAUUGCUAGCGUAAUUCGUCACCCAUGAUAUUAAUAGGUAAUCAAAUGGUAUACUCGCAAAAUUAGAGAAUAAUUUCACUUGCGUUUUGUCCAAACCCUAAUAAUUUCCCGAGCCCUUAGGAUUUGGACAAAACUUGCGUGAAAUUAUUCCCUAAUUUCACUCGUCACCAUUUGAUUACACAUACUUAUUCGAAUAAGCGCUGAACCUCGAAUUAGCGCCCACCUCGAAUAAGCGCCCAGCCUUGAAUAAGCGCCCACCCACACAAACUCAAAUAAUUAACAAUUAAUGAAUGAGACUGAGUAUCUUAUGAAAAAUUAUGGAGAUCGAGGAGAGUGUUAUAAUUAUUCAUUCAAAAUAAUUGAGUCCUAGCCAAAACAUAGCUAAAACAUGUUUACCUCCAUCGAUGUUAAGUUCAAGUCCGAUAGUGCACGUUUAGGGUUGUUCAGUUCCGCAAAUAUUCUCUAAAUAGCAGACGUCGCCCUUCGAGUUGUCUUCUUGCUGUUCUUGCCAUGUUUUUAGCUAUUAUUUCGACUAGUUCUUACUGUUGAAACGAGUGAAAUGAACGCCAUUUUUGUUUUCACCACCAAAACGACUUAACCUUGUCUCCAGGUCUUCUCGAUUAACGGUACAUUAACCUGCAAGUUGGCUGCACCUUUGACGUCAGCGGUUCAUUAAACGUAACAUUCUUCUAAAUUUGGUCAUCAGUGGCUGGUUAUGGUGAAUUGUGCUUGUGUUUUUGGCCAAUCAGAAUCGGGGAAAUAUUUUGAAUGAAUAACAAUAUAUAAUAAGAGACCCUCCCGAAGACGGAGUUUUCUUCAGAGUAUUUUACAGAAACGUUGCUUUGUUACAUCUUCGCUUUUUGUUAUUGUCAUUUAUUAUUUUGUUGCAAAAUAAACAUAGUACACUUGCUGAGAAAGGUGCAAAUUUAAUAAGCGCCAAGGAUCGAAUAAGCGCCCACUCUCAAGGUCCAAAAAUUUAAUAAGCGCCUAGAGCGGUUAAGAGAAUAAAUACGGUAUUUGUGUCGUCACUAAGAUUUAAAACAACGCGAUCCAACAGAGCGUUUUCAUUCAUGUAGCCAGCAACUAUACCAAUUUAUUGGAACAUAUCAAAAGAAAGCCUUUACAUAUUAUAUAUUAUUAUAUCGAGGAAUCGUUAGAUCGAAACUCCCGAUAUAACGAUAUGGCCGUAAAAUUACCGAAAAUAUCGCUAUAUCGGGGUUUCCCUGCUAGCAGAGGUCUCUCUCAUUUCAGUUGUCAUUUUUGCCUCGUCGUAAGAGACCUCUGCUAACUGGGAAUAUCGGAGUAGACAAACAUGUACGUUUUUACUGCAUUCAUUAUUUAAUCAAAUUUGUAAUGAGUAUUAAAUGAUUCACAAAUGUAACAUUAAUUUCAAGUACGCAGCAAUGUCCGUAAACAGUUUGUUUAGCACUAGAAGUUUUCAAAGUCUAUUAUACACAGUAAAUUCUGUGCUGUGUAUCGUACGUGUGCGAUCAUAAAACUAAACUUAAACAUCUGAAGUUGCGACUCUUAUAAUCUUUACUUAUUUUUCGACAUCGCGUAUUCAUUUACAUUUACAUAUGUUAUCUUGCAACAUCUAUAACAGACAUAUUCGCAAGCUCCCGACUAAAAACUAAAGCACUACUACUAGGAAACAUAAAAAUCAAAAUACAAUAAAUUGAAAGGGGUAAAUAUCACACUGAAAACAAUGUAGUCAGAGAUGGUGGCUUUAAAUUUUACAGUUGAAUCCAUUGUUAAAUAAUCAGAUGGCAGGCUAUUCCAGUCAAUGAUAGUUCUCGGCCAGAAGCUGUAUUUGUACGUGUCACAGAAUGGCUGAAGUGGGAUAAAUUUCAGUGGAUGAGAUGCUCUGGUUUUUAGGGAAGACUGAUGAUGUACAUAGCAGGGGAUAUCAAUAGCAGCUUGGUUGGUAACACAUUUGUACAUCAGUGUCAGUCUAGCUACUUGUCUUCUCUUUUCGAGAGUUGGCCAAUUUAGUAGCUUUAGGGCGUUGGUUACGCAUCCCUCCUCCCUCGUGUAAGUUCUUGGUACGAAGAGUGCUGCCCUGCGCUGGACCUGUUCAAGCCAUGAUUUCUAAUAUGCUCUAUAAGGGUCCCAAACAGUACAACCAUAUUCCAACCUUGGUCUCACCAGCGAUUUGUAGGCCUGAUCUUUAACCUUUUGUGGGCAAUUAUGCAAGUUCCUCUUGACAAAGCCAAGUGCCAAAUUGGCUUUGUUUGUAGUGUUUAGGAUAUAUGGCUUCCAGUUUAGGUUAUCUGACAGAGAAACACCGAGUAAGGAUAGUGGUCUACAGCCUGUAGGGUAUGGCCAAGCAUAGUGUAUGGGUGUAUAAAGGGACACUUGGUUCUGCAAACGCGUAAAACUUAACACUUCGAUGGGAUGAAGGCCAUUUGCCACAACUUUGCCCAUUCAACUAAUUUGUCCAGAUCAGAUUGAAGACUGAUUGCAUCGUCGGAAUUGUGUACCAAACCAUGCUAAACAGGGUGUCAUCAGCAAAUAACUUAAUAUUUGAGGUAAUAUCAUCACCGUCCUAUAUCAUUAACGAAUAACAAGAAGCACAAGGGACCCAACACGGUUCCUUGCGGGACUCCAGAUCUCACGCAAGACUUCUCACUGAACUCGCCUUCAAGGGCCAGCUGUUGAGUUCUUCCUAUUAGCCAUGCCUUUAUCCAGGCUAAGACUAAACCACGAAUGCUAUAGUACUCUAAUUUAAGUAAAAGACGUUUGUGUGCUACUUUAUCGAAGGCUUUAGAAAAGUCUAAGAUGAAAAGAUCAGUCUGGUUUCUAUCAUUUACUGACCGGGAUAGAUGCUCUACGGUAUGAUAAGUUGCGUUUCGCAUGAGCGCCCAGGACGGAAACCAUGUUGGGCAUCCACCAGGAUGUCAAAAGAGUUUAAAUGUAUCAUAAUACUGCGAUAAAUAAUGUGUUCUAACAGCUUGCAAUGCACUGACGUUAAAGAGACGGGCCUGUAAUUGGCAGCCUCUGACCUUGAACCUUUCUUAAAUAUUGCUACAACACUGGCAUGCUUCCAGUCCGGUGGCACCUCACCAGUGUUGAUGGAUUGUUGGAAGAUAAAACUCAGGUAAGACGCGCGUAGGUAGUAAGUCAGGGCCCUUUGCUUGAGAUGGAUUCAGUCCGCUGAGCAGUUUAAUUACACCAUUGUUGUCAAUGUGGAUAUUGGGCAUGUCUGGCAGGGGCUAUCGGGUAGUUGAGGUAGAACUGGAUCCUCAAGUGUGAAUACACUGUCAUAUUGCUCGUUUAGGAUGUCUGCUUUCUCCUUGGGUUUGGUGAAUUCCUUGCCAUGUGAUUUCAAGAUAACAAUUCCAGCCGAGUCUCUACGUUUAGCUUUAAUACAUUGCCAGAAGUGCUUGGUGAUACCUGCCUUGGCAUGGUCGUGAACAGGGUCGGCCUCAUCAAUGUCUAAUAAAUUGUUUACAUAUUAUUGUUGGUGUGCUAGCUGUAGUUCUUUAUGUACCAGCUUACGAAGAUGCCUAAAUCUACGCCAAACUUAUUCCCUUCCGUUGCGACGUGCAGAGUUAUAACAACGCUGAUUUUUACUGCUGAGACGUCUGAUGUUUGCAUUGCACCAUGGGAGAGAUCUUUUGUUUUUGAGUGUUCGCUGUGGUAUGAACUCGUCAGUGGAGUUAUAAAUGUCUGCUUUAAACUGAUCCCAAUUUGCUCGAAUAGACUUUGUUUCAGGACGGGAUGCUUCGAAUAGCUCAAAGCGCUCCUUUAGUUUCCGCCGAGGGCCUUUCAUGUCAGCCCGCUUGUAGAGAUAAACAUUCCAUUUAGGGUUAGCUGGUGGAUUUGCUCCGAGUGAUUGAUAUCAGAGAUAACAGCAUCAUAGUCACUCAUUCCCGGGACUAUGUAGACUUUAUCAACAAGAUAUUGGUGGGAUGUGAAAAGCAGGUCAAGAAUGUUUCCUUGUCGAGUUGGUUCCGAUACUAUUUGAGUGAGGUUGAAAUCAUUUGCAAUGUCGAUCAUUUUCCAAUUGAUAGCGGCAGUAUAAUGUGGGUUUGACUUGACAGAGCCCUCUUCCCAGUCAAUGUCAGGAAGGUUAAAGUCACCACUUAACAAGACGUACUUUCCAUCAAUACCACUGAGUUGUUUGAUGUUAUUCAUAGAGAGUUCAAGCUGCUCCAGAUAAUCAACAGAUGUAUAAGGGGGUCGGUAAAAGGAUCCCACAACAACACUGCCUGAUUUAUGAGAGAUAUUGUACCAGACAAUUUCGCAUUCUCCUGGAGAGGACUGCUCGACGGAGAUUAUGUUGCUGUUAACUGCAAUUAUUACAUCUCCCCCUUUUUCGCCAGAGUCCCAAUCUUUUCGGACUGGUGGUGAAUAAAUAACAAUUAGCGUUAGCGGCGAGGUAAAUAUCCAUCACUAGCCACCGACACUGAGGUGAAUAAUUCAGUGAGAUAAUUGAGCCCAAAAAUAAUGAUUUUUAACUCAUUUACUGUUGCCUGCAACGAUUACAAUUUUGGCGUGCAAUGACCGAACGGCCUCUGUCGUCGCUUUUUCUUGCCGGCAAAUAAAACUUUUGAAGGCAUUUGCUUAGCUCUUGCUGAGAAAUUUCCUCAAAAGGAGUUGUGAAUUCUUUUUUGUUUUUAAAAUCAUUCUGUAAAAUGGAUUAUUAGAUUUAGUUUUAAGCUUAUUUCUGAACAAGUCAACUAAAAAAAAUAACGCAAGACUUAAACUUAAUUUGCAUUUGUAAACAACAAAACUUUUUCGCCGGUUUUAUCGAUAAAUUCAAGUCAAAAAGACAAAGCUUUACCGGUGAAAACUUCCACCCCGUGCUUCGUCACUUUCUUCGUGUAUUUCAGAAACGGCUUGCUUGAUUAGUUGUGAAAUUUCUUUGUUUCUUACGGCAGCAAACCGGGAAGGCAUUUUGCAACUUACGCGAGUUUGGCGUCUCUCGCUCGGAGGAACUGGAGGUGAAUCAGUGAAUAGUGCAGGAUAUUCACUGAUUGAGUAGCCAAUCAGAGCGCGCGAAACACACUAUCCACUGUUUUAGUAUAUACUAAACAUAGUUAGGAGGAAAUAUCUCUCUGCUGUCGAUAUCUUUGUUAAGGUGUGUUUCAGUACCAAUAAUGAUAUCUGGCUUGUGGGUCUCAAUAAGCUGAUAUAGUUCAAGGUGCUUGUUUUAACUCACAAGGCUGCAGAAGUUGACUAUGCAUACUCUCAGUUGGUUCGAAUUGCAAGUAUGAGGUUUUCUGGAACUGGUUCGUUUCCCAUGGGCUCUUCUCGAUCUUAUAGCAAACUUUCACCACGAGCAUUCUAUCGUCCCGACUAGCUGCCCCUGGGCCUCCGAGGACGGUGCAUUAUGUUCUAUAUGAAAAUGCUGAAUAGAACCAAAACUUCACCUAUCCCUUCAUAAUGGACACUUUAUGGGCACGAGUUUGCUUCAGGCCUUGGUUUGGAAUUGCAAACAUAACUGCUUUCGCAUCAAUGAAUUCCCAAGAGAGUUAAAACGAACGCGAUAACAAAAAAGAUUUCGUCACAAAUGCGGCAUCGGCGGGGAAACUGUCUGCUCUGACAUGAACAAGGCCAUUCACACUACAGACUUUUGACCUAGGUAAACUCGACUUGUUAAAAGUUUACCUAGGGAAACUUGAUUUUCUAAGUGUGACCGAUUUUUCCCUUGUUAACUUACCUCGGGGAAAUUUUUUCCUCUGGGGCUUGGAUAUGUCUCGAGAACAAUAGAGUUUCCCUUGACAGCUACCCCAAAGCGACUGGUGCGGAAAAAUGAAAUACCGAGUUUGGUAGCCAAUGGACGCUCGUCGGCGAAGGUCUUGACGACAGAACCGGACAUAGCUCACGCAGUGAAAGAAAUUUUUGGGGAAAGAGUCGUCUACGUCUUCGCCUGUCUUCACCUUGCCUGUUGAAUUAGCGUAAGAAAUAACAGCGAGAUAAAAGAAAAAAUAAAACGUCUCUUUGUUCGGCUAGAUUCCUGCGCAUCUUUUUUCAAUUCAACUGAGCGUGAAAACCUUGCUAGCCGAUAUCAGUAGUGUGACCUUCACAAGAUUUUUUACGUAGGUAAAACAAAAUCCGAGAUGAAUUUACCUCGGGAGGGUUUUGAUGAAUUUGCCAUAGUAAAUCGGUUUUACCUAGGUAAAAGUCUGUAGGGUGACCACAGCAAUGUUACUAAAAAUGUGACCCUCCCUAGGAAAAGGGGGCUUAACGCAAUUUUGAAUAAAGACAAUAAACGCCUCUUAACGCAGCGUUUAAAUCACAUAAGGAUUUGUAUGGGAGAAAAACCUAUCGUUUCCGUAACCUACGAAAAUGAAAGGAUUUCGUUGAAAAAUAGCUUACCUUACAUAAAAUGUGUGUUACGUCUCUCCUGUGUGGUCCAUGGGCCAAAUGUAUUGCCGUUUUAUGGGUUGUACUGAAAACGGUUUUCUCUCUACGAGUCUGUGUAAGCCUUGUUUCAAAGAUCCUGCCUCCCGUCACGCGUACUUUGUUUCUUCUAGUCACGCGUGCCUUUGUUAUGUAACCUUUAACAUUCCAUAUCCAUAUAUGGGCUUGAAGAAGUGCUGACUUUUGGAUGAUAAAUCUUAAAACGAGCAGCAAAUGUUGUCUUCUGAAGCCAUAAAAUAAGAUGUUGCCUUAUUUUUCUCUGUUAUCAGGGGCACCCAACCACUGUUCUCUGUAAAAAUAUUUCCUAAAAGUUUCGAUCGCUCUAGAAAGGCCAAAAAUGUCUAGAUGACUGUUUCCCUUUUCUAGUACCUUUUUGGCGUUUUUGUAUUUACCAGAACCGUAGAUAGCGGGGAGGCCAAGGGGGGCAGCUGCCCCCCUCAGACACAUCAAGUCUGUGGAUGGAGUUGUUUUCUUUAGACUAAAUUAGUUUGAUUAUAGUGACUUGCAAUUGUUUGCCAUUUUCAGGUUCGAGGUCGAUUUUUCGGAGACAUAUCUCAUGAUAAGUGUUAAAAAUAGCGUUUCGGAGUCUCCAAACUUGAACAUUGUCUUGGGGGGGGACACCCAGACCCCCCUACAAGACUUGUGCCUUCGUUUUACAGUUUUUGUGCUACAAUGGUGACCAACUUUAAAGGCCUGAUAAAAAUCGCAAAGAGCGUGCAGAUUGCAAAGUUUGAUUAUGUACGUUCACGGAAGUCGACAUAAAGUUGACAUCUGUCAGGUGAGACUACACUUAACAGUUGCGACUCGCACGCCAAUAAAUGAGUCAUUUAUUGCAUUCAACCUUCCCAGAAACAUAAUGCUUUCUUUGAGCAGCGCUUUUGGAAGAAAAAGGUGAGAGAAGUACACGAUGAUUUAGUCACAAAGGUAUUCUAGCUUGUGUAUUCGUUGUCAAGAAGUCUGCAUCAACACAUAAAAGCUUAAGUAAUGCCGUGACUACCUUAUCACAAGAAAUUUUCGCGACAUGUUUAUUGCGCGAUUUUGCUGUGCGCAUAUUUGGCGAAACUUAAUUAUCGCGAUUUAAGAAAAUCUUACAUUUGGAUCACUUUAAUUUAGCGUUUUGAGCACCACAAUUUAAAUUUCAUGGGUAAUGUUAUUUAACAUGCCCUUUUUAAAGAAAAAGAGAAGGAUAUUUCUGCCCCAAAUUCAUUAUUUCACGAUUUUAAAGCUACUACUGUACAUUUAUUUUUUAACACAACCGUAUAACCAUUCGUGACCUUUACUGAAUAAUUAUCUUCAAACCUGAAAUAGAAUUAAGUUGUUGACAGAUGUUAAGAAGUCUGGCGUUUGAAACACAUGCAAACGUGUUUCGUUGCGUCGUGAGGGGACACAAAUUGCUUUUACUGGAAGUACAAUCCCACGCAGAGAUGAUUUCUUCGCGGGCAACUAAUCCGACUCACUCCCAUUUAAUAUAUUGGCGAAACGGACUGUACCUUUUUUCUUUGCAGAGAGGGCGAGCCAAACGCGAACUUAAGGCCCCGUGAGUACAGUGUAACCCAGUGAUUCUUUUGGUAGAGCUAACAAACAUUGGCUGCACUAAAAGUAGCGCACCCAUGAGUGUAGUGUAACCCAGUGAUUCUUUAGGUAGGGCUAACAAACAUAGGCUGCACUUUAGGUGGCGCACCCAAGAGUGUAGUGUAACCCAGUGAUUCUUUAGGUAGAGCUAACAAACAUAGGCUGCACUUUACGUGGCGCACCCAUGAGUGUACUGUAACCCAGUGAUUCUUUAGGUAGAGUUAACAAACGUAUCCUGCACUUAAGGUGGCGCACCUAUGAGUGUAUAGUGUUACCCAGUGAUUCUUUAGGUAGAGCUAACAAACACAGUCUCCACUUUAGGUGGCGCACCCUUGAGUGUACUGUAACCCAGUCAUUCUUUAGGUAGAGCUAACAAACCUAUGCUGCACUUUAGGUGGCGCACCCAUGAGUGCAGUAUAACCCAGUGAUUCUUUAGGUAGGGCUAACAAACAUAGGCUGUACUUUAGGUGGCGCACUCAUGAGUACAGUGUAACCUAGUAAUUCUUUAGGCAUAGCUAACAAACAUAGGCUGUACGUUAGGUGGCGCACCCAAGAGUGCAGAGUAACCCAGUGUUCUUAAUGCAGUCAUAGGUGUACAUCAGAUAGCAAUACGUUUUCCAUAAAACUUUGUGAUGGUACAAUAUGCAUGGCUCUUCGACUACUUCUUUAUCGCUAGAUACAUUGUUUUAACACGCACUAUUGAUAGCCAGAGGACGUCUACUGUCUUAAACCAUUUACGCACAUCACAGAGGUAAGGUAACGUCAUUUAUACCUGGUAUUUCGUUCAGGUACUAAAGUAAUAAUAAUAAAAAGCAUGCUUUACAAAUUAAAGAGACCAUAUGAAAAUAUUACAUAUCUCUAAAUUAAGGUUUUUUUAAAUUUUCCUUUAAAAGCAUAAAGCGAUGUCACAACACAUUUCCGCUACGAGAAAGGUUUCUUUUAUAAAAUUCGGUGUGGGGUUUUGGAACAGCGAGCUUGUAUUUAUUCAGGGGCACCCCGGCAACGACUGUUUUCUCUGAAAUAUCUGUUCGGAGAUGCAAAAAUUGCCUAGAAUUUUCUAUAGCUUGAGGAAGGCUGAAAAUUUUUACAUGACAGUUCCAUUCAUGUACAAUUUUCGAAGCCUAUCUAAUAAAAUCCCUAUGCGACUCUCCCAAGACGGUUUUUUGGUGAUUUCAUUUAUUUUUUCGAUCCGGUUUUGUUUGUUCAGUUUUGUUUUCGCGGCUUAAUUCGCAGUGAGCGAAAAAAAAAAUGUAUUCGUCGAAAGGAAUAAUUUCACUUUGGUCAGCACUGUCCUCUUUUUUUUUGCGGUAUAAACUUAAUUUAGCUGGGAGUGCAUUACAGUUUAGUCAUGACAGCUUUGGAAGAAACUGAAUACGUCCGUAUAGCGCCUUGCGUUUUCGCAAAACGGGGGAAAUAAUAUUUUCCUCCAACUAGAGUGUUCACUGUGACUAUCGAGUCAAGUAAUUUUAAAUUAUUUCGUUUUCCAAAGUUCGUGCUGCUGAGAACUAGACGGCGGUAAAUAAACUCAAGCCUCAUUGUUUUCGCAGUAAUUGAGACGAAUUUAUUAAACAAUUAUUGGAUGAGGUUGAGCGUGAUAUCAUGAAUUAUCAAAACCGAGGUCUGUGUUAUCUGUUUUUUGAGGUUUAUUCCAAUAUGUAAAAGGCACUACUGCUAUAGGGAGCCAAGUCUGAUCCAAGCAACUAAAAUAAAAGGUUAAAAUCAGAAAAUUGAGCGACUUGAUCAAAGGAGGCUACUGAAAUCGGAUCCCUGGCUCUCUCUUAGUCAGAUAGCAGUCUAUGCACUGAAACGUUACAGGGCUGUGUAAUACUCCAAGACCGAAAUUGCUGAAGAGAAAAUGGAGUUUCUAUGUGCUACUCGCAAGCCUGUGACAGAAUAUCUAAGCUGAAGAGCACACCAACAUUAACGCAAACCGGAAAUUUAUAACUUUGUUCGGUUGUGGUGCGGCCAGGUACAUACAAUACGAAUCUGGGACGAAUACAGUACUUUAUAUCCUGUAGUACUAAGUAGCGUAACAUAAGCACUCGACUAAAAAAAAAAAUUGCGAAACCUUUGCCUAGAUAUUUAACCUGAUGCACCGUUUCAUAAACAGCUUUGAAGUCUUGCUCUCUACACGUUUCUUAGUAAAAUGCCGUAACAUAUAAUCUUAUCCACAGUAAAGACGGCGUCUGGAAAAGCCGGUAACUGGAAUAGGAACGGGAACACAAAAACAAACAGGAAGCGGAACCCAGAAUAGCAACCGUAAUGGAAAGAGGAACCUACAUAACCUAUAUUAAUUUAAGUUAAUUUGGAUUUAAUUCUUAUUCAGCCAUAAACCAAAAAAAAGGGCAAAAAGAGAACAGGAACCUGAAUAGGAAGGGGAAUGGAAACAGUGCAAAGAGAAAGACAUAAGAAAAAAGAAAAAGACAUAAUCAUUAUUUAAAUAACUGAAAAAUCCAGAGAAAUAAUGAAAGAAACAAGAAAAGACUUUUUGAAAUAUGAAUCUAAUUGAUAUAAUCUUUCUUUAUCUUUAGCCUGUGACACAUCGCGUUUUCCUGUCAAACACAAUAGCUAACUUAGGCAACGAGAACGCUGACCGUCGUGGACUUCAUGAAUAGCAACCGGAAGUUCAAUGUUUCGCUUGAUGGAACGCUUCUGUCUCACACAAUGAAUCCGUUUACCUUCCAGUGUGGGAAUUUGAUGGGUCAGAGCACUGAAAGACAGAAAAUAUCCACUUCCGGUUUCCAUUUUUGACGUCCUGGACGUCAACGUUCUCGUUGCUUAAGGUCCCUAUUGCACUCGGUUGAAUAACGCCCGGAGGUAGAUGAAUUGCUGGCUGCCUGAUGGUGAUGAUGGGGGGGGGGGGGGGGGGGGAUGGUUGUUGGGGAAAGGUACGUGUUAAUAUCCUAUUUUAAGUUGGACUGUCUCUUCCUGUCCAAUUUAGCACAGCACGAUAUAUACAUGUAGCAAACCUGAAGUGUGUGGCAGCCCGAUAAACGUCUCUGAUGGGUAUCUCGUUUACACAUGGGUCUGACAAAUAAUAUUAAUAUGUUAUGUCUCAUCCAAAUUGUCCCAAAUGAAUUGUGUAUAGGCUUGUGACGUCCAAUGAAACAAGCAUGGCACUUUUAGGCAGUUUAAUCCUCUCGGUGGAGUUAAUAAAGUCUGUCGUAUCUUUAAGAUACGAAGCUUGUAGUUGUGCUAUUGGCUGAAUAAGGUGGUCACAAAUGCUGAGAUCCUUUCUGUAGGUCCGGAACACCCUGAGAUAAUAGGUCUUCCGAUGUAAAACACUGGGAUUCGCAGAGGAUCAGGCGUAAGGGAGAGCCAUUUAGCCGUCCAUAUAUGGGCUAUAUAGGUAUGUGCGCCUGUGAAGGGUAUGGUUUUUAAGCAGUUUACUCUAGGAUAGGGCAUAUAAAUCAGAACAUUUGGGUCUAGAAUAGGGUAUCAUUUUUCAGGAAACUGAUCAGUUGGUUGAAGAUUUUGUCUAGACUAGGGAAACAGCUACUCUAGGAUAGGGAGUUUACUCUAGUAUAGGGUAGCAAAAUUUUGCUGAACUAGCUCCGGUAUAGGUUAAGGGUUCCAGGGUCCUAGCGGCACAUCCCCACCCAGAAAUUCCUUAAGUACCCUUCCGCCCCGGGCGUUUUAUCAAUAUGGCCUUCUGAGAUAAGUGUUCUAAUAAGUUGUUGAGCUGUUUUAGUUGCAGUUUCAACCACUGGUUUGUCUAGAGGUCGGUAGUUAUUUAAAUCAUUAAGCAGAACCUGACCUUCGUUUAGUUUGUCUUGUUUUCUCAUCAAUACGGUGGUGUUACCUUUAUCAGAUUUCUUAAGAAUAAUGCUUUUGUUGCGCGAAAACUCUUUGAGAGCUUGGCACUCUCUCGUAGAUAUAUUAUCUUUUGGCUUGUCAAAUUCAAUACUUGCGAGCUCUAAUUUUACCAACCUCGUCCCCAGGGCCCCACCCAUUUUUUAAGGGAAAAGCCCUGGGGACGAGGUUGUAAUUUUACCUCCUCUAGGAAGGUCUCUAGAGCUACAGGUGGCUGGACUGGUGGUUCCCGGUCCGACUUCACAUGGGUGUAGUGAUAAACUUUGGACCACGCGAUAGUAGAGUAAUUUUCUCUUCUGCCAGUUGUUCAUUUAUACUGUUUGCGUGACUCAAUGGCAUUACAAAAGCGCUUUUUGUCUUUGAUUUUUCUCCGCUCCUUUCUUUUGCGGUUUUUGGCCGCUUUGUUAUCUCUGCGGUUUGCUUUCCCUUUUCCCCUUACUUCUAAGGAGUCUGAUAAGAGACAAGAGUAAGAUUCACUUUGUUUAUUCGCACACAAUUGUGAUCUCAUUUGUUCUAACAAUACAUCGACUUCGCUAAUCUUGGUCUUCAAUUCUUCGGCUAGCUCGUUUUACAUUGUCAUCUCUGUUGACAGUUUUCUUUCUAGCUAGUGAUUGCGUUUUCUGUUGAGACGUGUGUUUAGUAACAGUAUUCCUGCGAGAUUUAUACUGUUCGAGUUUAGGAAGCUUGUUUGUUAAUCGUUCUGCUCGCCUGUGGUGAUAUUUCACCAGCGUUCCUACGAGAGCCUGUUCUGCUUUUUAUCUGAUCGAGCCUAUCUCGUUCUUAAACCACCGCCUCAGUUCUUCGUCAGGUGUUGACUCGUUUGAGGCCACAUUAGCUCGCGAUGUGUCAACUCCUUCUUGUGCUGAUCGAAUGAUUCUUCUCACAAGUUCUUCGAUUCCUUUCUCUGCCCUGUCUAGCGCGGGAAUGGGCAAGAAUGGGCGGGAUUCUUCAUGGAGCCUUGCAGAUUUUUGUGUUUCAGUCCCUCUUGGAAACAAAACUGAUCAAAAAUUGUCGUCUCCAUUCUUGAUUUAAAAAACAUGCAUCUUGAUUUAGAAAACGUGUCUCUUGAUACAUGACAUGAAACACGUGGGAAUUGGAAUUAAAUUCUACAAUCUUGACACAUUCAAAAAGCAAAUUGACGUUAAUUUUAUCGAUCUUGAUAGUGAUUUGGUGGAUUUGAAUUGGAAAGUCGCAUCUUUGAUAUUUUGUCACUUUUGGCGAAGCAUAUAAAUGCCUAAAAUGUCAAAAUAUUAAACAAGAUAAUUCUCAGGUAAAAUAAUGUCAACUGGAGUAUUUUUGAAGAAGGAGGAGUAUAAAAGAUGAAGCUUCUUCAGUGUAUUGGAAGUAGCGGGUGAAAGUCGGUUAAGCUCGUCACGUGUAUAUCACCGGACGUAGACCCUUGGCACACUCCCAGGCACACUCUUACGCAAAUGAGAUUAAUUGAAGUGAACGGAUCCACGGGCAAGCAACUUUGCUUUGUUAAACUGCCGAGCUUUAUUUUAUAGACGGCUUUUUUAAGGUCCAGGGUUCUCAAAAUUUUUAACAAACAUGAGAUGUUAACUUCUCAAACUCAUUAAUAAUUCAUUAAGAAAAUACAAAGGAAAUUAAUGUUUAAUGAGUGUUUGGAAAUCGGAUGAAACACUGCUUAGUAUUUGCAUCCUUAAUUUCUCCUUCAAAAAUGAUUUUGUUUGAGAAGAAAUAUCAAACAUUCGACACAGUGUUUCAUCACCAGAUGAAACACCUCGAAGUUCGUCAAAAAUACUCCGCUGCACGUCGUAUUUUCAACUCUCUUCUCGGUGUUUCAUCUGGUGAUGAAACACUGCAUCUCAUGUUUGAUAUAUUACUUGAAAACAUUAGAGAAAAUGAUGGAGAGAGAGGGAUGAAGAAAUUACCAGAAAGCUGUCACGCACCUCCAACGCACACAUUCCAGCGGACAUCACGACUACGGUAACAUAGGUGAUAAGACGGCAAAAUGAAACAACUUGGAGCAUGAAGUACAACAGAUAUAGGUUAAGGUGAGCUUUUUAAAAAAAUUGUUCUAUAUAUCAAGGCUACCAGCGUUGUAAACGGAAACCUAAAGUCAAAUUGUUGGUCUUGUGACUCAUGUGUUGGAUGGCGUUAUUUUAUGUUGUCUGUAACACGAAUUUCAAAUAAUUUCUGAGAAGCUCAAAAUGAUUUCCCCAAAAUAAUUUUAACAUAACGUAAUAGUUUGAUGCUUGUAGUGUUUUCCCCUUCAAUCUUGAAAAAUUCUGAUCAAAGGCACAUGAUGAAAAUAGUCGCUUUUUUCAACUACCUUCCGUGGUUGAACAACAGGUAGACGUACGCUUUAGCCUUUUUUAUAAUUACUCAGACUGUUGUAAUGCUAAAAAUAUUAUCUAUUUUGGUCAACGACGAGUUAUACUUACAAUUUUAGCAACAAGCACGCGGUUGUUUUGAAAUGCAAGUCGAGCAAAUCAUAGUGAAUUUCAACCCUGUUUUGGGCUUGCGAAAUCGACGGCGGGGCUUGAAACGGUUUUCUUGUUUUUCUCGGAAACGAACAGGUCUUUAGAAGAAAAAACUUCAUGGCGUUUGUACACUUACUUAAGUCUAUCAGUAUGCAAGAGAAGAGCGAUUUUUAUUUUUUGAGCCUUGCCGCACUUUGGUCGAUAUUUGCAUGGAGUUGCUCUUAAACUUGCUACAUUUUUUACCUUCUCUUUGCCGUAAUAUAAAGAGAUUCAGGGGGAGCAUGAUUACAGAAUAGUUUUCUUAUUUUUCAUAUAAAUUGAAUUAGAAUUAGAAUAAAUUAAGGUAAUGGUUCCCCUUUAGAUCACUGUUCCUGUUCCGUUUCCGUUUCCGGUUCCCGUUUCUGUUCCCAUUCCUGUUCCUAUUCUGCAUUCCGGUUUCCUGCUUUUCCUGACGCCCGCUGCAUGAAAACGAGAAGUCUUCUAGAACUGUCAAACCAACAGCUUAUAAUAAAAAGAAUUAACCUAUUACACCUAUCCCACUCGAUCCACGCACUGCACUGAGACUAUAAAUAGCUGAUAAUCGUUUUUAAAAUUAUGGUCGACACGAACAUUCAGGCCACAAGAUAAAAAUUGUUAUGUUCCAAAUUUUUUUCCUUUCGUUUCUUGUUAUUUUUAAAUCACUCAUCUACAGUUUUUACCAUGUUUAACGUUGUCUUGGCACGCGUUGAUAAUUUUCAAGAUAUAUAUUAACGAAACCAAGCUGGAUUUUGUUUCUUUUAACGACAAAAAUCCUCAAAGACGACGGAAAUUUGUUGGCCAAUGUGACUUUCCCAUACAAGACUCUUAUUCUCGGUUUUCACAUGACGUCACCAAAAUUCAAACUAAGAAACUGUCCAUUCUUCUGAGCUUCAUGAGGUAUUACAGCACCUAAACACCUUCACUUAAACAAAGUUUUGGUUCGAAAGGGUUCUUCAAUUGCGAUAGACGACGUUUGAAUUUCCAGGCUUUUGCGUGACGCGGCAUUUAGCUGGCAGCCGGGUAGGCUCUUAUGAGGGUUAAAAACAUUACCAGUUUUGGGAGAUUUUGCCAUCUAAACAUUCCUUGUCUCAGAAUGAAUAUCCCUAUUAAUCCUUUAUGAAUUUUUCAAGCGAUAAAUUCACGCAUUAGUAGGAAAACUCAAAAACAGAUGUUUCUGUUGGUUUAAUUUCCGGUUGCCACAUUUGUGCCCCUCAAAGGGACGCGAGCAUGGCGUCUCCAUGCAAAACUUUUUAAAUUUGGGUAAAACGUUUUUCCAAAUAUCUCACAUGAAUAUCGCACAGACCUGAUUCUUGGCGAGGUCUUUUGCAUAUUUAUCUUUUUUUUAUUUCCUAGAUUCUGGACUUUCUGUAUUAAAUGGUUCGCAAUUAAAUUUUUGAUUGCGUAACACUGAAAACCGAGAAUACUGGUCAGGUUCAAUGUCUGAGUCACAGCAGGGACCAGAAAUUUGUGACGUCAUUAGUGUAAUGCGCUAUUUAGUAUAUUUGCAAAACAUUUACCUCGCCAAUUUUAAGCGUAUAUAUUUCAAAGAGAAGUCUAAUUUUUUUAACCAAGAAUUGUUAGCUCGACUUUCUCCCAUUAAUUUAGUAAUACACCGGUUCAGCCUAAGACCUGAAGUUACAUGAAAGCGAGGCCUAAGGACUAUCUUUCGCGCGAUUACUCAUAAACAUGGCGUCCUCCACUAAACAAAAGAAUUCGAGUCACAAGUGUUGCGCUUCUGUUCUUUGCAAUAAUCGUUCAGAUAACCGACCAGAUUUAAUUUUUCAUAAUUUCCCUCUGGACGAAAAUCUUGGAAAAAUAAAUUGGCCUCGAACAGCUCACUCUUCUGCUGUUCUGAACAUUUUAGUGAGAAGGACUACAGGAAAAGCCUUACCGGCAAAAGACGUGAUCUUGUAAAGAAUGCUGUUCCUUCCAUUUUCCCAUGGUCAGUUGGCAAUGACGAAGCCUCUGAAAGGUCCGAAAGAGACAAAAGUCGGAAAUGCCAAAGGAUUAAACUUUCAGCGAUCCCAUCCAAGAGUAUCGAAAAUAAACAUCACUCAUACGAUGCACCUGACAUCUCUGCAAAGGAGACUCAAGAGGAAGAUUCAGGUGAAAAACCAUUUGAAGAAGAGAGAGACUUGGUUGCCCAGAAUUAUGAUCUUAAGCAAAAGCUGUUCCUUUGAAAAUUUGGUUUGGAGCGGUUGGAUCGAAUGAUGAUGACAUAUUUUUCUACACGGGAUUUCAGAAUCACCGAGCUUUGUUGCAUUUUGGAACUUUAUUAAACCUUGCUCUGAGUCUCUGAUGUCGUGGAACACAGCACGCGAAAGAGUGAAAGAAAGCUCCACAAACAAUGUUAAUCCAUUUCCCUUUUUGCAAGGACAGGAGAAACAAAGAAAUAGAAAGAGAGAAAUAGAGCCCAUCGAUCAGCUGUGGUUGUUUCUAACAAGGGUGCGUCUUGGCUUAUUUGAGCGUGACUUGGCUCAUAGAUUUAGUGUCUCUGUAAGUACCGUGUCUGAUGUUUUUAUUACUUGGGCAAACUACCUUUACAUAAUGUUGGGAAGUUUGCCUUUAUGGCCUUCAAGAGACAAAAUAAAACAAAACUUGCCAGAUUCUUUUAAUGGAAGGUAUGAAAACGUACGUGGAAUUCAUGAUUGCACAGAGCUGAAAUGUGAGUUUCCCAAGGAUUAUCAGAAGCACUCAGAAAUGUACUCAGACUAUAAAUCUCACGACACUUUUAAAGGGCUCAUCUGCAUUUCAUCGAGUGGAUGGAUAACAUUUGUUAGUCAGUUGUAUCCAGGAAGAAUAAGUGAUAAGGAAAUUGUGGAGAAGAGUAAUUUCUGUCAGUUAAUUGAAAUGGGGGACCAGUACCUUGCCGACAAGGGCUUUGAAAUCCAUGACCUAAUGGGCCUCAGAGGAGCAAGUUUAUGUAUACCUCCAAAGAGAUUUUCUGUCAAUGACCAGUUCACACAAAGCCAGUGUUUUGAGACCAUGAGUAUAGCAAAUGUGCGUAUUCAUGUGGAAAGAGCAAUUAAGCGAAUCAAGGCUUAGCAUAUUUUUAGUCAAGUUCUGCCUCUUUCCAGCUUUGGGUCCAUAAAUCAGAUCUGGACUGUAUGUGCUUUGUUAGUAAAUUUUCAAUAUCCAAUUAUUACAGUUUAAAGAAAGGAAGCUUUCAGUUUUUUGGAUGGGAUGGGUUCUUAUAUCAGGGAACUAACAAGUGUGUUUUUUAGGAAUUGAAUGUUAAACUAAAGAUUCUGAAGCUGUUCAGCUGUUUGUAUAAGUCUCUGGUUCGGGUUUUCAAUAAUUGGAGGACUUGAUAUGUGAAAAAGUGAAUUUCAAAAAUAAUAUUAUUCUAUCAAAUGCACAUGGGUAGAUUGGGUACUCAAAUUUAAAACUGAUGGAGACUGACUGUGAUUGACGAAAAUAUAUUUGUUAUAAUAAUGAUGAUGGUGAUAUAAUAUAGAAAAUAAAACCAAAAUCUGUCUUUUUUUUCGAAACUAAAAAUCUAUCUGUAAGACAAAUCCUAAAAAAUAACAGUCAAAAUUUUCAAAAACAAUACACAAAAAUAUCUAGUUUCACCUUCCCUACCACCACCAUCCCAUCACUUGUAAAGUAUAAUUUGAAUACCAUUCCUUGUGCUUUAGAACAUACUAAAGCACACAGGCAUUUUGUUAGAGUCAACUUAUAUUUUCCAAGAAACUAAUAGUGUUGCUUUGCAGUUCUAAAACCACAACUGUUUUUGUUUUGAGAUAUAUUUCUCGUGAAAAGCAGUUAAACUAGGCGUAAUUUCGUCCUCCCACCUUGACGAUGAUGUGACCUUAAGAACCAAAACUGGAAAUGUGUUGCUGGUAAAUAUGACAAAGUCAGUUAAUGGAAUUCCACUGACCCCCAUUUGCAUCUGGGACUGAAACCAAUAUUUGUGCUUUUCUUUUACUACAAAAACAGAGUUCAGUUCCAUAAAUGGGAAACUGCUUUCCUUUUGAUGAUUAUUUAUUGCAGUCUCUGGUGACAUAUCCUGCUUAGACUCUAAACAUUUUACUUCCACAUUUCUGUAUUCAAUGUCACCAUUGGCAUACACUAUUGUUGCAAUUCUGUCAGGGCUUGCUGCAAGAACAUCAUUUUCUUUGUCUAAAAUUGAUCCAGUCUCUUGAACUGUCAGUUCCUUGAUGUCUGGCAAUGACAAGAGAUAUUCUUUGUACAAAUCAGCUGCCACAGGUUCAUUUUCAAUACCAACGAUCAAUCCUUUGUGAGUAGCUGACCAUUUUUUGGGGUGCUCCUUUUGCUGUAAUUUUUUUUACUAGAUUUUCUGGUAAUUUUGACCCCUGUUUUUGCAUAUGAGAAAAGACAUCUUUACAGAUACUGGAAGUUAUUCUUUUUUGCUUUUGUUCAAACCAAGCAGAAUUUAUUGAUUGCCCUCUUGUUGCCAUUUCAAUUUGCAUUUGUCUUUCUGUAAGAGUUUCAAUAAAUAAUGUUUCUGUUUGGACUGUUGGCAGUUGUACUUCAGAUGGAUCAAUUGUACUUUCAAUAAAACUUGAAAUAUUCUGUUCUUGCUGUUGGUUAUUAACACUACAAUCUACUGAAAUCUACUGAAGCUGUAGCUCAUCAUAAGCAUUAGAAAGAGUGCUAAGGGGUGCCAUUUCUGAUUCACAUUGCACAGUGGAAGGUGGAGGAGAGAUUUCAUGAUUCAAACUUGAAUUUGAAUUCAGUGCUUGCCCAUUUGAGACAGGAUUCACAUUUUCUUUACCAUCAAGGGAGGAACUACUAAAAAAGGGUACUACCAAAUUAGGAGGCUGUUGGGAAUAAUCUUGAAGUUGCUUAUGAAUUGUUGAUCCUUUAGCAACAGUGCCAACUAUAGUCAUUACUGUUCGAAUUGUCUUUUCCUCUGGUAACAUAGCAACAAAGGGUAUACGAGCAUUUAUUUUCUAAAGCUUUCUAAAGAUCUUGCCUCAGCUUUACAAUUCCAUCAGCAUCAAGCUUCUGUGAUUUCAGUGGUCUGGGAUCGUAAAACUGAGAGUCAAUACUCCUCUUCUUCCUACCAGGUAAGUCAGACGCAUGUCUUGGUUUUGUUAUUUUUAAAGCCAUCACUGGAGAGAACUCUACUUCUCGUCUACCCCCUUAUCCCCAUUCCCUCGGUUUUCUUGUGCAGCAUCUGUUGUCAGGAGUGAUAUUUUUUAGCUCUGACUUUCUCGUCAUGUCAUCAAGUUUCCAUAUGAGCGCCAUAACAUGACAUCAACACCCACUGUUGGAAGCCGGGCACUGCCUAUCACACUUUGCUGCUAGAAUCUUUGGGGUCCCGCUUUGUUUACAAACCAUUUUCACCUUGUAUUCAACAUUCCUCAUAUAGGAAGCCCAACAGCAAGCACGGACGUAUGUGAUGUUACUUUCCGUGUUAUUAUACACCUGUAAAUCGCGCACAAAAUUGACCAUACGGAGGCCUAUGUCAUUUGAGUUUAUAACAACUGCUGCAUUGGUAAAUUUCUUCAUGGAUUUACCGGAAUUUUGUACCUGCUCAAAAGCAUCCAUAGGCACAAAUAGGGGUAAAACAGAAAAAAGCCUCUGAAAAUUGAGUGUUUUCAUCCGGUGGGAUAGUGUCUAAAAUCGAACUACACGAGCUUGCUUGUUGGUCGAUCAGCUCAGUCUGGACUGUUUCGAUAUUGAGGGUCUUUAGCUUUUCAACCUUUGCUUUCGUGCAGUUCCUCUCAGGAUCAGGGUUGUAAACUUUCUCUCUGUAGUAAGGAAUCGUGUUUAUUGCCUUAACCCUGCCCCCGAAAAGACAAGAUUUUAGCGAAAACGAUAUUUUUUUGACUAACGUGAAAGGUUAGAUAACAGUGUUUAUGUAAUACAGGUGCUGCGAAACUUACUUUUCGACAAGAUCUUUCUUCAGUCCCUGUUGGUUCAGUCUUCUGCAUUUCAACCAAAAUUUCAAUUGUGGAAUUGUCCAUUUACUUAUGUCUUCUCCAUUUUUUCACGGAUGAACAUGGAAUGUCUUCUGGUGUAAGGUUUACAUCAGAAGACAUUUCAUGUCUUCCAUGCAAACUGUCGGUGUCUUCAGCCAAGAUUUUUGAGAUUCGCGCGAAAGAUAGCCCUUAGGCCUCCCUUUCAUGCAACUUCCGGUCUUAGGCUGAAUCGCUGUAUUAUACAUGUACACUAUUUAACAAAUAGAUUCCAUGUUGCCGUGCGUCUGUUCAGUAAUAGAUCACAGAUGACGUCAAAAUGUGGUAAAAACAAAGAAGUGGCACACGAGCCGCAGGCGAGUGUGUCACUGACCUUUUGAGGAUUUGUGCUAGUUUAGGCAUUUUUUAAGUCCCAAACCCUACUUUUUAUCUUAGCUUCUUCUUUAUCUUACUUGUGUACAGUUUCUUCGAAAAGUUUUUCACCGUCUUUUCUUCCUCAAAGAAGAAUAAUAGCGAAAAAAUUUUGCAAAACAGCGAGUCUCUCGUAGCGAAGACACACGAUGGCAACUGUUGUGAAGAUUUCUUGUAGUUUAGGUAUUGUCAAGUAGUCAAUAGCUUUUUUGGUCUCCGUUUCUCCAUUUUUCUUCUUUGUAAAUAGCUCCUGCUUAACUUUUUCCGAAGCUUUCACUUGCCUCAAUCCGAAAUAAUCUCACAAACAUUUUCAAAACCGCGUGCCAUGUUGAACAAAACAAAGAAAACAAGUUUCCUGUGACGUCAUCCACGUAUCUGUACUCUAAUAGAUCAUGGGCAACGACCAAUCACAGCGCGCGUAGCAUUCACAUCAUUGUAUAAAUAGCUAUAGAUAGCAUUGUCUUCGGAGGGUUAUUUAAGUAUUUUUGACCAUGCAACUUUAAAAAAUUAUAUCUCUGUUGUUAUUUACAAUUCCAUAUAAAGAUAUACCUCAUUGGAAAGGGCAAAGAUUAAACUUUCAGAAAAAAAUAUUUUAGUCUCAGGAAACCCAUAAUAUUCUGCAAAAAAAAUUAACAAGGCAUAUUUAUGCCCAAAAAAAUUUUCAAAUUUAUAAACAAUGUCAUUUUGCCACGAAAUCUGUCUAUUUUGUGUAAUAUGGUAGUAACAAGUUCUUCAAUAUCUAAGCAAAACAACCGGAAAAUCGUUCGAAAAUAUAGAGCAACUUGGAAUUUUCAACAAAUUUAUUUUGAGACGCUAUCAGAUUAUGCUAAUCGGAUUAUCAUAAUUAUCAUAAUGACAUUCAAUACAUCGGCGUCCCUCGUGCUCAAGUGGUUUACUUUACCCAGACGCUUGUUUUCUUCGGUUUCCAUCGAAAUAUCGAGUUAAAGACCAACCCUACCUCGGUUCUCUCCUACCGGGCUAGGAGAGAACCGUGGGAACGAGGUUGGUUAAAGACAAACAAGUAUGAAUUUGUCGAUAUAAUUCAUCAAAAUAAGGGAAAGUUCAUUUAAUAUGACAAGGGGAAGGAAUUCAUUGUAUUUCAACAACCUGUGCUGCAGACUUAACGAAUCGGCGAUCGGCAAAAGAUUCUUACUAUUUUCAUUGAUAUGUUUGAAAUUUUUAGCAGUUUUCCCCCCCUGGGACCCUUGCCCCCGGGUAUUGAGCGUGUUUUAAAUUUUUCAGGAUCACCAGAUGGCGUUUCUUGGUUCAUGCCCCGAAAAUAUAUUUUUUUUGUGUGCCGUUCCGGUUUUCGUCGCUGAGCAUGGCCUAAGCUCCUGACGCUAUCCUUCCUUAUGUUUUGGAAGCCGUUCGCGCUACUAUGAUACCUCCUUCGAGUUACCUUUUAUAGCGUGAGUCGCUUUCAGACUGGAUUUCAUGGUGGGUAUCAUUCUCCAUUUCAUUUCAUAGCGUGCGUCGCUUUCAGUUGUUACAGCAUGUGUCGCCGUCACGUUGGUUUUUCUCGGCGUGUGUCGCCCUCCCAGUUAGCCAUUUCUGGCGUGAGUCGCUUUCACUAGUUUUAUGGUGUCUUUCGUAUUUUUCUCUCCGUUUUGUGUUUAUAGCGUGUGUCGCUUAUAAGUUUGUUUUCAUGGAGUGUGUCGCCUUCCAGUUAGCCAUUUCUAGCGUGUGUCGCUUAUAAGUUGUUUUCAUGGCGUGUGUCGCCUUUAGGUUGUUUCUACGGCGUGUGUCGCCUUCCGGUUAGCCGUUUCUGGCGUGUGUCGCUUUCACUAGUUUCAUGGUGUCUUUCGUAUUUUGCUCUCCAUUUUGAAUUUGUAGCGUGUGUCGCUUAUAGGUUGCUUUCCUGGCGUGUGUCGCCUUCAGGUUGUCUUUACGGCGUGUGUCGCCUUCAGGUUGUUUUCACGGCGUGUUUCGCCUUACAGUUAGCCAUUUCUAGCGUGUCGCCUUCAGGUUGUUUUCUUGGCGUAUGUCGCCUUCAGGUUGUUUUCACGGCGUUUGUCGCCUUUAGGUUGUUUCUACGGCGUGUGUCGCCUUCCGGUGAGCCUUUCCUGGCGUGUGUCGCUUUCACUCUAAUUUCAUGGUGUCUUUCAUAUUUUGUUCUCCAUUUAGUGUUCAUAGCGCGUGUCGCUUACAACUUGCCCCGGCAUGUACCACCUUGAAGUUGUUGUCUUGGCGUGUGUCGCCUUAAGGUUAGCGGCAUGUUCUCAGACUAGUUUUUGUAGCGUGUGUCGCUCUUAGGUUUCCUCAGCCGUUUUAUAGCGCGUAUCCCUUUCAGGCUGGUUUGUUUAUGGUAUUUUCUCUCCCAGUUUAGUUUUCGUAGUUUGUGUCACUUUCAGUCUAGUAUUUGGCAUCUUCUGCUCUUAUUUAUUCAGUAUGUCGUUCCUCCCUUUUGGGAUCGUUUUUCAUGGUGUGUUGCUUCUUUUGUCCUCAUGUGCGGCGCGUCAUUUUGGUCUUGUAUUUCACAUUUUCUAUACUUUGCGGUCCGUGUUUUUUCUGUAUGCGUGCCCCUUCGCAUAUCCUAUAGUUUGUCGCGUUUUUUAUUCACGUUCGUUGUUGCUUACGUUUUCUUUUCCGCAACUAGUUCCAGUAUUCGGAAAUGUUUCUUCUCUAUUUCUUUGUUUGUUCGUCAGUGUUAUAGAAGUUAAAACAUUAGUUUUUUCUAGUUUAUUUCCUCGGGCCCUUUUGUUUUCUCGUCUUUUAUUCACUUGGCAUUUUUAAGCGAUGUUAAAGUGUUAAGCUUCCAUUGCCAGUACGCACGGCACGUGCUUUUAUCAUCGAUUUUUCCUGUUUCGAACUUAGAAUUCAUGAUCAUGGCAUCUCUGUUCUGUUUUGUUUACAAAUAUCAGUGCGCGAUGAACACACUGGGGGGGCUCUUAAACGGAAGACGGCCGCUUUCAUCCUGUUAUUUGGAAUUAGUCAUCCGCGGUUCUAUGGUUUAGCUGCCUGGGCUGUUUUCUACGUUCCAGAUUUAUUCGGCGUUUGCCAUUUGUUGUUAGUUUUAUGGGCUUGUAGUUAUUUAUGCAGGUUCAUCUCGACUACAUGUAUACCUCGUGUCACGCAAAUCGGCCCAUCGCUUUGUUUUGGUUAGUUUUUUCUUGUGUGUUGUUUUACUCGCUUCGAGAAAUGUGUCGUUAUUUCACGACUUUCGGUCUUGUGCUCCUGGUAUCAGUCCGGUCGAUCUGGGGCGGGUAGUUCUAAAUUAUGCCCGAUACUCUGUCUGUGACGGGGUUCCUGGAUCGGCCUGGUUGGUGGCUCCCCUUUUCCCCCUUUAUUACUUUUUCCAGUUUCGGUUUAAAGCUUUCACGUGGGUUAUAUGUGCGUUGCCUUCGUGGUAAUCUAUUUCCAAUUAUUUCGCUUUUAGGCACUGUUUAACUUCGGUUAAAACGCACGAGUUUCCGUCAGAUCUUAUCAUCCCUGGUGUAACUGGAAGGGGAGCCCGCCAGUUGGGCCGGUCCGCUCCCGUCUCCCUCAUCGGUCUCCGCUAUUUGUUUGGCUUUGGGAAGUCGACCCUUGUUCCCACGCAAACGUCGGUGUUUCUGUGGUAUAUCAUAGAUUUUCCUUACACUACGUUUUUAAUGCCCCUAGAUAAGGCGGUUAAACUUGCUUCUUUUCAAGAAAAUAUGCUUAGCCACAAGACGGUAUUUCUAAGUCUCUGCAGAAGUCUGUGGGAAGAUAAACCACCUGCGGCCAGGUUGUUUUCUCGUGCGGCGUGAUUGGCCAUAUCACACGGCACUGGCGUCAAGAGCUUUCCCGUGAUUUCGACAACGAUUUUUCUAAGGUUGUUGGCUUAGUGGCGAAAUUCGGCGCUCGGGUACAAAUUAUUUUCGCCCAUAUCUUAGUAUUCCCCUCGUGUGCCAUAGAGGUGCAGCAUAUCAAUGAAAAUUCUCCUACUGUUUUGUUAUCUCCAUUUUCGUGUUUGUUUUGCUUGUUAUCCUCCAGAAUCCUUCAAAAUAAUUUGCUUGACUUGUAUUUGCAGUAUUUGGUUGAAAUUCGUCGAUACAAGCUUUCAUUCUUCGCAAAAACCGCGACAAAUAAAUCCCCAGUGGCGACGCCUUUUGAAAAAUCGUUGCGUAAAACUCAAAACACCCCGGGAGCUGGAACUAAACACAUAUUUGGCUAAAUCUAUUUUAAAACUUUCUGUGGGCCAAAUUUGGAGGGAAUCGGAAGUAACGCGUUUUUUUGCGAUUUUUUUUCGUCAUCGUACUAAAUUUAAAGGGCCUGAAGACAAUGAGUUUGCUGUAUUGAGGGAGUUGGAUCGAGCGUGACAGUUACAUGGUGAUAAUCAGUGUGCGAACUCCACUAAGGGACGGACCAUUAGAAAAAUUAUGGGGGGGGGGGGAAUUUUCGAGCCGCAGGAAUUUUUUUUCGUUAUCAAAUUCCUUGUGUGAAUUUUUUUUAGGCUGUAGCAUAAAUAUUUUGUAGGGUUAAUUGGCGUGCAUGAUUUUUUUUCAUUUAAUUUUCCCUUGUGCGAAUAUUUUUUUUGUACUCCCCCCCCCCCCCACACACGAUAAGUUUCCUAAUGGUCCGCCCCUAAUUUAGCAUGCGAUUUUGCAAUUUUUAAUUCUGCAACUGAAGCUCAAAAGUUACGUUACCAGCCGCAUUGAAAGAAGUUGAGGAAUAUUACCAGGUGUCGUGAAUAUUUUAUUGAGAAACCUAACUUAGUUAUUGCAACAGUUAACAGACGCAGUAAAGGGUGUUAUGCUUCACUGUCUUCCUUCAGCUUGGCUUAGUGUUAAUUGCAUGGGAGAAAACAAGAGAGGUUUAUACUCACCUAAUAAUUUAUCUUUUCUUUGGUGAUGAAAACUACAGACAGCAAGAAGCAUUUAGACAUUUAAUAAUAUUAAUUUCAAGGUUUUAAAAUAUUGAAUCAGGAUUGAUUCAAUUCAAAUUUUAAUAUGUGCAUAUGACGAUUUAAUGGCGAUAAAGUCAUGCACCGUGGAAUUUUACGAUUUUAGUCAAAAGAUGGUAGAUCGAGUUUAUUUAUAUUCCAUUACCUUGAAAAGCUUCAACCAAGUGAACGCUCCUUUGAUUUCCUACACUUUUAUCGUUUGAAAUACUAAUAAUCUUGGCUGGGAUGUAGGUCUAUUAGUAUGUGCGUGUUCGUGUUGUUAACAAGUGUAUUGUUAGAAAGCGACGCACCAGGCAGAUUAGUCUAAAAUGUCAGCCGUCUCGGAGUUAGGGGGUUAGGGUCAAUACCUACCAAAUUUGAACAUAAACUACGUCGCCAUCAAUGAAGAUUUGGAAAAAUGAUCACCAUAGCUGUAUUUUAGAUAAAGAUGGACAUUUGUUAUGAUCAGUGUUACAAUGACAGCGGAGUUGUCAUAGUAACAAAAUGACACCAUUAUCUAUUUUUACUUGCAGCCAUAUUUCUCGACCUUGUGAAGUGUUUUACCAAAAUCGUUCACGGGAACUUUUUCCUCCAAUAGCUGCCUCGGUGUUCGUGAAGUUUAAUAGAGAUCUACGAGAGCACUCUCGAGAUUUUUUGAGAUAAAAUGUUUCUGGUUGGAAACAGAGUAAAAACUGGACAAUCUUGAUUUCUGCCGUUAUCUAUAGAAAUAACGAAGCGCUCUGGAAUUGCAAUCCAUGUUGUAAAUCAACUGAGAACACGUGACCUUAGAAAAAAGUAAACAAGUGUGGAGUAUUAGAUAUAUUUCUUCCAAUUCACGAACUGAAACUGCUGUUAAAAGUUAUAAUUAGUUUACGAGUUUUCGAUUGAUUUGUUUUGAAAUAGGCAGAGUACAAGAUGGUACUGAGCGAUGCAGAAGUGAGCCUUGUAACCGUACUGUACGCCUUUACGAUGGUUGCAGCUAUUGUAGGCAACUCUUUUCUGAUAUAUAUCGUGUGGAAAAAACCUGAGGUACGGUCACUGGCAAGUUCUAUGUUCGUCAACAUGGCCAUAGCCGAUCUAUUGGUGGCCCUGUUCAUGAUGCCUCUUUCCAUUGUCAGCGCUCACACGAAAAGUAAGUGGAAGGUACCUGGGUUGCCUGGUGACAUCAUCUGCAGGAGCUAUAUUCUAACUUCCGAUGCCACCCUCAUUGCGUCUAUCCUGUGCCUGGUUUUUAUGGCGAUCGACAGGUACUGCGCCGUUGUCUGUCCUCUAUCGGUCCACUCUGUGUGGUUCAGAAAGGCAAAAUUUGUCACACCUUUGAUCUGGGUCAUGUCAAUCGCUCUAAUGGCUAUCAUGCCUGUCAUCUACAAAUUUGAUAAUGGAUACUGCGAAAUUGACCCAGAUGUUUUGGGCCAGAACCCGACAUUUCGUGGUGUUUACGUCUACAUUUUCCUCAUCACCUACAUAAUUCCUCUGGCCAUCAUAUGUCCGCUGUACGCGAAAGCUGCUCGUAUGCUAUGGUUUAACCAGGCUCCAGGCAAUCAUCUGAUUGAAGAGCAACAGCGUCGACAGCUGGUUACAAGAAGGAAAGUGGUCCGCAUGCUCGUCAUCAUUGUUGUGGUGUUUGCUAUUUGCUGGCUUCCCGCGCAGGCAAUACACCUUUUUUGGGCAGCAACAGCUUUUCGUCAAGACCUGCCAGCAAUUGUCAUGUACCUGGGAUUUUGGGUGGCCCACGCAAACAGCGCCAUCAACCCUUGGCUGUAUAUUGCCUUAAGCACCAAGAUAAGAUUGGCCUUUAACCGGAUGGUAACCUUCCGAAAAUCUCAUCCGGCCUUGAGGAAAAGUACCCAGGGAACGAGUCACUCAACUAAAGCCUCGACAUUCCAGGAGGCUAGGGUGUAGUCAUACGAACCAGGAGACCAAGAGUAGAAGGCAUAUGAUAUUGAGCUAGCAAGUUUAGACAUUUAACCUUUGCCUUUUUAAUGCACGCAAUAACUGCAGAUUACUUAAUGCAGUGGUAAGUAGUGGAUGAAAUAGAGAUAAAGUCAUGGACUAAAAAUUUAAAAUAGAGAUAAAGUCAUCGACUAAAAAUUUAAAAUAGAGAUUCCCUUCAUGAUUUUUGCAGGUAAGUGUGGUAUUAGUAGAAGUUUUUUAACGUAUUUAUUGGUUCAAUAUGUAAAGUACGGAAUGUUUUCUUAAAAAUAAAAAAGCCUUGUAAAUAAUGCUUUUUUAAACUGUAGUGAGAGCUUGACACGUAUCGGAGUAAAUGCAUUUUAGAUCUAUAUUGGCCCAGUGCACUUACGCAUUUUAAAAUAACC